UCCUGGAGGUGCCCAUGCCUCCCCUCGACGUGCUGAGGAGGUGCAGCCUCAGACAGAGCUGCAUCCCACAUGCCCACUGGUGGCCCCAGCAGUCCUGCUUGUCAGCCCAAGGGACAGUUCCAUAGGAAACCGUGGCUGUCCCCUGGGAGGCUCAUGGGCAGCGACAGGGGCCCUUGGAAGUGGCCAGGCCCCACCUGCCUGCCAUGCUGCCCUGUAGGCCAGCUCAGGAGUUCAGCUUUGGGCCUCGCACUCUGCGGGAUGCCCUGGUCUCCAGUGACACAGGACUGCAGCAGUGCUACACUGUAACCUUCUCCCUGGCUGAGCGGCUGUUCCUUGCUGAGGCCUACAACCCGCACAGGACCCUCUUCCAUCCACUGCUCAUCUACUCAGCUUUCGACUGGCUCCUGAGCCGCCCUGAGGCCCCCGAGGACUUUGCAACCUUCCACGCCUCCCUACCGCACCGCCUGCAGAGUCUGGCACGGAAGCACAUUUACCUGCAGCCCAUAGAUCUGAGUGAGGCGCCCCUGGGCUGUCCCCUGCUGCACUAUUUGCAGAGCUGCGCUGAAGCCUUCUUCCUGGGACUGCGGGUCAAGUGCCUGCCCUCAGUGGCUGCUGAGUCCAUUCGCUGCUCUUCACGCGCUUGCCGGGACUCACACAGGCUGCAGCUGCAUACAGACGGUAUCCUGUCUUUCCUGAAGAACAACAAGCCUGAUGAUGCGCUGUGCGUGCUGGGCCUCACAUUGUCUGACCUGUACCCCUGUGAGGCCUGGAGCUUCACCUUCAGCACCUUCCUUCCAGGGCAUGAGGUGGGCAUCUGCAGCUUUGCCCGGUUUGUGGGGGAGUUCCUACAGGUGGGGCCCAGCGCUCCUAAUCUGGCCCCCGUGGAGGCAGCAGUGGAUGGCCCUGAGGCCCUGCUCCAGGAUGGCCAGAGGCGGUGCUUCAGCACCCUGGGGAUGGUACAGUGCUGCAAGGUCACCUGUCAUGAACUGUGCCAUCUGCUGGGCCUGGGGAACUGUCGUUGGCUGCGCUGCCUCAUGCAGGGGGCGCUCAGCCUGGAUGAGGUCCUGCGGUGGCCCCUGGACCUCUGCCCCAUCUGCCUGCGGAAGCUACAGCACGUCCUGGGCUUCCAGCUCCUGGACAGGUACAAGAGACUCCACGCUUGGACCCAGGCAGUAGCGGGGACAUGGCCCAGUCCGGAGGCCGGGGAGUCAUCUGUGUCCGAGACCACCCUGCCUAUCAGCGCUGACUCAGGCAUGUGUUGUGAGAGUGAUUCAGAGCCUGGCACCAGCCUGUCAGAGCCUGGCACACCUGAUGUGUGGAGUCACACCUUCCUGGAGGGGACAGACGAUGAGCUGAGCUCCCUGGUGGCCACAGAGGUGCUGCCAAGGCCUGGGGGCCCCAUGGAGGCCAUUGAGGAGCAUGGACGGUGGCUGGCCAUGUGCAUCGAGGCUCUGCAGCAGGAGGUGGCUGAGGAGCAGCUGGCACAGGUGGACAGGGCCGUGGACUCCCUGGAGCCGUGGGAGAUGUUCACAGGGCAGCUCCCAGCCACCAGGCAGGAUAGACCCUGUGACAGGGACAGCGCGGGGCUGCGCAAGGUCCUGGGGGACAAGUUCUCCUCCCUGAAGCGGCGCCUGAGUGUGCGCAGGCUCUGCAAGGCGGAGCCCUCCUCCUACCGCUGGGACGGGGAGGAGAAGUAG